CCUUUAAUAGAACUUGCACUUUCGCCGCCCCUGCACCCGGCCUCGUCUUGCUCCGCAUCCCAGCUUCAGGCCCCGGGAGGCCCCUUCCUUUUCCUCAUCCCUGUUCCCCAAAUCCUGGUAUCAAACGGGUUGGACGGCGGCGACCGGAAGUGUGCACCAACGUGUCGGCUCCCCCUCGAAAAGACACCGGAAGUAAUCGUUGCUAGAGAAGGAUUCCUCCCGCCUCGUCAUGGCGGCGAUUCCCCCAGACUCCUGGCAGCCGCCCAACGUUUACUUGGAGACCAGCAUGGGCAUCAUUGUGCUGGAGCUGUACUGGAAGCAUGCUCCAAAGACCUGCAAGAACUUUGCUGAGUUGGCUCGUCGAGGUUACUACAAUGGCACCAAGUUCCACAGAAUCAUCAAGGACUUCAUGAUCCAGGGGGGCGACCCAACGGGCACAGGUCGAGGUGGUGCAUCCAUCUAUGGCAAACAGUUUGAAGACGAACUUCAUCCAGACUUGAAAUUCACUGGGGCUGGAAUUCUCGCAAUGGCCAACGCAGGGCCGGACACCAACGGCAGCCAGUUCUUUGUGACCCUCGCACCAACCCAGUGGCUUGAUGGCAAGCACACCAUUUUUGGCCGAGUGUGCCAGGGUAUAGGAAUGGUGAAUCGAGUGGGAAUGGUGGAAACCAACUCCCAAGACCGCCCGGUGGACGAUGUGAAGAUCAUUAAGGCAUACCCUUCUGGGUAGACCCCUGCCCUAGUGGGCACACCCAGGUCUUCGGAGAGGGCCCCAGCCAACCAGCUUCCGCGUGACCUAGAAUGACAUGUAACUCUACACCUUGUUCUGGCCUGGUGUAUCAUGGAGUCAGGGAAGCCUGGGCACAAGUGCACCCUGACAGGAUGUGCUCCCUGGGCGUGACCCUCCUCCUCGUGUGUGUCUGCUCCAGCCCACUUGGGACAGAAUGAAGCAGCCCCACUUCUGAGUGCCGGACCAGACUUCUUCCUGCGAGAUUCAUAUUCUGGCCCACACUGCAGUCGUUUGUGGCCGACAGCCACAGAAUUCAAAACCAAGUCGUGUGUCUGUGCACGCCCCCUUUCAGUCCCCUGCAUUUGUAGGGAAUGUAUGUAUCUCUCUCUCUGUUUUCCCUCUCAAAACCAGAAAUCAGCACUGCUGUUCCUGACACUUAGACAUCCCACGCAAAGCCACGUUGAAUUUUUGCCAAGUGCAAAAUGCAUCCAACAAUCAAGUUUUUAAGGAGGUGUCAAGUGAGGAAUGAUAAUGUGUAAUCAAGAAGUGAACUUAUUUAAAGGAAACAGAAGCAUUGACCAUUUUUUCCCCAGGAAGGAGUAGAAAUCUGUAGUGAACACAAGGAUAGAUUGGAAAAAAAAAAAAGCAGUUCUGUGGUAAAGAAGCUUCCAUUAAGUUUUUUUUUUUUUUUUAACCUAAGACUUUAAAGAAAUCAGAUGAGAUUUUUAUACAUGAAGUUUUGUUAACUUCAGAGUCUGUUUUGGGGCUGGCAUUGUUGUGAAAGCAGGUAAAGCCAUUGCCUGUGACACCGGCAUCCUAUAUGGGGUCCUGUUCAAGUCCCAGCUGCUCUACUUCCGAUCCAGCUCCCUGCUAGUGUGCCUGGGAAGGCCAGCAGAAGAUGGCCCAGCCCCAGCCGUUGUAGCCAUUUGGGGAGCGAACCAGCAGAUGGAAGAUCUCUCCACCUCGCCCUUUGUCUCUCUGUAACUCUGCCUUUCAAAUAAAUAAAAAUAAAUCUUACAAAAAAAAUCUUUU